AGCGUUCAUCAGUUGAUUUUAAUCAGCCACAUAAGCAGUUUAUGAACGAGAGUUGUUAGAGAAAAAAUGUCAUUUUUAAUUUCCCAAUUUAUUAAAACAAAUAUAUUGGAACGUGAUUUUCUGCGCCAGGGCCUAGCCAAGAUGUGAAUAUACUCUUCAAGAAACAAUGCAGCUGACCAAAAAGUUGACAUGUGAGGCAUUUUAUGCAUCCACUCAACAUUUAUCUUAUCAAUCAGCCAAAAAAUAUCGAAUUGUUAGUGGUGAAAUAGCAAGCCGAAAUUUCUGUAUUUGUUGGUAUAUAAAUAGCCGAUUUAGACACAGCAGUUCAGUUGUUUCAACGCAGUGAAUUUGAAUAGAUCGCAAUGAGUUUAGCUGGUAAAGUUGUUAUUGUAACCGGAGCGAGUUCCGGCAUUGGUGCCACCACAGCUGAGGAAUUUGCCAAGCAGGGUUCCAAAGUGGUACUUACAGGACGAAACGAAGCUAACUUAAAAGCUACGGAAGCUGCCUGCAAAGCAGCCAACAGCAAAGUGGAACUACUACUCAUCACCGCUGAUGUAACGACAGACGCCGAAAAGAUUAUCAAAACAACAAUUGAGAAGUUCGGACAGUUGGAUGUGUUGGUAAAUAAUGCCGGUUUUGGUGAAAUGGGUGCAAUCUUGGAUAUUGACGUCGAUCAAUUUGAUCGUGUCAUGAAUACCAAUCUGCGUUCGGUCUUCCUGCUCACUAAAUACGCCGCACCACAUCUGAUUAAGACCCAAGGUAAUAUCGUAAAUGUCUCCAGCAUCGCAGGAUUGCGUUCAUUCCCUAGUGCAUCGGUCUAUUGCACCUCCAAGGCAGCACUGGAUCAAUUCACCAGAUGUAUCGCCUUAGAUUUGGCGUCGAAAAAUGUGCGUGUGAAUGCUGUAAAUCCUGGUACGAUUGUGACAGACUUCCAAAGGCGUAUUGGCUUAUCAGAAGCGGAAUAUGCUAAAUUUUUGGAGCAUUCGAAAACCACACAUGCGCUGGGUCGCGUCGGCGCUGCAAAGGAAGUAGCUGAUGCCAUUAUUUUCUUAGCCAGUGAUAGUUCGAGCUUUAUAACGGGCGCAACUCUGCCGAUCGAUGGUGGCAGACAUGCCAUGUGUCCACGUUAAUAUUCCUGAGAAUAGUUAAAUAUAAUAAAAUAAUAAAUAUGCUUUAAAAUAAUUA